UGCUCAUUUGUCAGGGUUGCAGAGGAGGGACCACAACCGUGUGUGUGUGAGUGUGUGUAAUUCGCAGCAGAUGACCACUUCAGGGGAUGGAUUUUUUUUCCAGAGGUGAGCAUUUUUUUUUCUCAGAAGGCACCAGAGCACAAAUGACUUUGCUCUACAUGCUGCUGCAGCGAUGGAGCAUUUCUGUGGUCUGGUGCAAGAAGUGAUGCAUUUGGUGGUCUCCUGAAAUAAAAAAAAAAGAGGACGCGGAUGCCGCACCAGUGCCACCAGCGCUGUGGGGAUGGAUACCAGCUAUUUCCUGGUGAGGACUUAUUUUUUCCUGCUGUUCCUCCAUGGAUUCACCUACUCCUUCUCCUCCUCCUUUCCUGCUGUGGGAGUUUGCCCCAGUCGCUGUGAGUGCCAGCAUCCCCAGCAUCUCAUGUGCGCCAACCGAGGUUUGCCCACUGUGCCACCUUACAGCAGCAAGCAGGAGGAGGUGCUGGUCUUCAGCCUCGGAGGGAACUUCAUUGCAAACAUCUCGGCCCUCGACCUUGCAAGGUACACAGCCUUAGUGAGGUUGGAUUUACAGUUCAAUCGAAUCCAAAACAUCCACCGUGAAGCGUUUGAGAGACUGUCCAGUUUGGAAGAGCUCUACUUGGGACAUAACCGCUUAUCUAAUGUUCAAGCUGGGACUUUGAAACCGCUGAAGAAGCUUACAGUCCUCUAUGUCAACAACAACGACAUCUUGCACGUACAUCAGCAAUUUUUUACCAGCUUGGACCAUCUUGUUAAACUGCGCCUUGAUGGAAAUCAAAUAGAAAGCUUGCAGGAUUCCGUUUUUAAGGAUUUGACCAAUCUACGUUAUCUCCACCUGGAGUCAAAUCAUCUGCAGCACAUUCACAAAAAUGCCUUUUCUGAACUCGCCCACCUGCGCUUUCUCAACUUGUCUCACAAUAAGCUGUCCACCCUGCGUGGUGCCCUCACUUUUUCCCAUCUCCAAACCCUGACAACUUUGCUCCUCUCUGGAAAUGCCAUUCGGCAUGUUGGGAAUAAAAUGUUCCAAAAUCUACAAAGACUCUCCAAACUCUCUCUCAGUAACAACAGGAUUCCUCAUCUGGGCAGAAGGACUCUGCUUGGCCUAUCAAGCCUCAAAGAGCUCUUCAUGGACGGUAAUGAGCUGGAGGAGAUCCCAGCUGAACUUCUAGAUCCCCUGAAACUCAUCGAGCAUUUGGACAUCAGUCGCAACCGCAUUUCUAAUGUUGACUCUUUGGCUUUCUUGCACCUCAAACACUUACAAGUGCUGAAGCUAAAUGACAACAUCCUAACCAGCCUUUCUGGGGAUGCUUUCAGACUAAACCCCUUCCUUCGUGAUGUGGAUCUCCAUGGCAACAACUGGACCUGCGAUUGUCGCAUGCAGGUACUGAAAAGUUGGAUGUCUGCUGUGCAUUCUCAAGGGAAAUUGUUGGAUGUCCUUGUGCAAUGCCAUCACCCAGCAUCUCUAAGGGGGACAUACCUGGACAAAGUGAAUAGUUCCCAGCUGGAGGCCCUUGGUAAUUGGACUCAUUCGUGCAGGGGCCGAGGUGAACCUAAGGAGAGCCACGGAGGGAAACUGUGGAUCAAGGUAAUGCAGGAUGGGACCGGAGGGAAAAGAGAAGAACGAGUGCAAGGAGAUCAAGGAGGCACAGAACCAGAGUUGUCUCCUUCUAUUGAACAUAAGGAGUCCCUCAGAUCCAAGUCACGGAAACGUGCCAAAAUGGGUCGAAAAUCUAAACCACAAUCACAGCAGGGCUUUCCCACACCAAGUCAUGCUGGCAACCAGAGGAGAACCCCCACUCCUUCAGUCCCCUCAAGAGAACGCUUUGAUCUUCUGAGGAUGUAUCACAAGUGGGGUCCUUCUGUCAUCACAGAUCCAUGUGUCUUCAACCACAUCAUCAUCACGAAUGUAACUGUAAACCAGAUAACAAGCAACACGGUUGUAGUCUCCUGGCAAACCAGGGAAAAUCUAGGUCUAGAUGAAGUCCAGUAUCGGAUUUUGUUUGACAGAUUCGGAACACCAGACCGCUUCCCACGUUAUGUUUAUGCCCCCGCCUCAUCCCGCUCUGUGACCCUGCAGGAGCUCAGCCCGGAUGUCACCUACAUGGUAUGUGUGGAAGGCGUGGUCGCUGGUUCCGUGUGUCAAGUGGCACCCCGUGACCACUGCUCAGGUCUGGUCACACUUCCCGAGAAGCACACCUCCGCAACUUCUGACCUACAACUGUUGACUGUUUUUACUGUGGCCGGGAACGCCAUGCUGCUGCUGGUAAUCGGAGGAGUGUGGCUGGGGCGGAGCCUGAAGAAGAAGUUGCAGAGGAGGAAGUCGGCGGUACACGUGCGCCACAUGUACUCCACCAGGAGACCAUUUCGGCCCAACGUGGCGAGCGCGUCCGUGUCCGCUGACUUUACCAGCUACCAAAGUAGCCGCCUGGCCCGUCUUAUACAACCAGAACUGGGAGAUCUCAUCGAGUUCCCUUGUGACCGUUUCCAGGAUACUGGUUCCUCUCGCAGAGACAAUGACUUACCCAGAUUCUCUGACUAGCUUCCUUCAUGGGAAUUCACGUUGAAGCAACCAUUUUUUUGUUACAUUGUAUCUUCAGGAAUAAUGUAGACCUGAAACUUGGACAUACUUUAUGGAGUUGUACUACAACUGUAGAAUUAUGCUGUAUUUCACAAAAGUGAGUACACACCUUUCAGUUCAUGAACCAGUCAGUAUAUUAUAUCUUAAGGGAAAGUGCUAUAGAAAUGAAACUUGAAUAGUCAGAACACAGCUUGUAUAGAUUUAUAAACUGUACUAUCCACUGACAAUGACUCCAGACAGAGUUACUGUCUAAAUAAUGUCAUGGUCCUGGGGCUGACACCAGAGAGCUUUGGUUCAUUGAGGGAAUCACCUACUGUAAUAUUGUGAAGCACAGCAUGAUCCCCUUCCUUGGCAAAAACCAAAACCAAAAACCCCUCUAAGUUGCCUUACAAUCAUGACUGCAUUGAUGAAUUCCAUUGCCAAGAGGAUUAAGGCAGUGCUCGAUAUAGAUGGGUACUGAAUUCAGUACUUUUAUAAGUAUCGACCGAAGCAAGUCGGUUACAGAUCCACGUAAAAUCAAACCCUGCCAUAUUUCGAUAUCUAUGAGCAUGUGACGUCACUUCAGUUAGUAGCCUCUAGCACUUAGUGCUUGACUGCUUGUUUCCCACACAGAGUGGACAUAGCGGACUGCCUCGAGGAAACGUCACAAUGUUCCAUGCCAACAAAGCAAGAAAAAGGUGCUCAAAAGUAAAGUAUGGCUCAACUUUCAUGAUGAGCUAGCUCAAUGCUAAUUUUCAUAGGAUUUUCCAUAGGUAUACUACCAGUCAGCAUUUGCGAUUUUACAUGGUGAUUUUUAACAUCUCCAAAUUUGUCAAUUAAAACUACAACUAAGAUGCACGCUACAAUCACACAGGGCAGUUAACAAGUACAAUACUUACAGUUUAAACACUUUGUAGUCCUCAACAAGAUACAUGACUGGCACAUAGUAGCAAAGACUACUUCCUGGUAACACUCCAAAGAAUACACUUUUUUUAGCCAUAUCGAAAGAUUUGUUGCUACGCUGGCACUAAAGGUUGGGCGAUACUUUGAUACUGAUAGCGAAAUGUUGAUUGUCGAUACCGAUAUUGAUCCUUUUACUUUCCCUACGCGAGCUUUUCCAAGACCAUUGAACCACCUUCCAUUUCUAUUUGGAACUAAAAUGAAUUCAGUGUUGUAGUCCAUACACUACUGCCAUCUAACAUCUUACAGUUGUAUACAAAGUCUAUAAUACAUGCAAAUGAGACACAGAAGUGUACAACAACAAUAUGAAAAAGGAACAGCAUAACUUUGUGUUAAAUAAAUAACACAUGUUAAUAAUUUACAUUUAUUAGCACUUUUGAAUACACUCAAAAGUACCACAAAUUGGUACCUUUGAGUACCAGUAUCAAUUCCCAUAACGAUAUCCUGUAUCAUACAUUAGUUACUUUAUACAAGCUGUACACUGACUACUCUGAGUCACAUCUCAAUUUAAAUCCUAUAGUACCAUCCCUUGAGAAGAUACAAUGGUUCCUUUUGUGAAAUACAAAAUACUACUUAACGUGUAUCUUGCGAUCUUUGAAGUAUCGUGUUUUUCUCCUGGAAAUAAAGCAACAAUAGAGCCAUCGGGCCUUUCCAGAGCCCAAAGGAAGGCAAAAAAAACAUUUACAUCCUCUUCCCUUGUCCUGUGCUUUUUUACAUUUCCUCCCACCUGCUCGUGUUAUCUUUUGUCAUGUUUGGUCUGCAAGUGUGCAUGAAUGACCGAUCGCCGAUUUCAACUGUGGUGCUAUUUUUGAAUUUUUUUUUACAGACAUCCUCUUGUCUUUUGGACAGUUUUGUGUGUUAUACUCUCUGUAAAAGCUCUUAAAUGUCGUUUUUAAGGCUUUUUUUUUUUAACAAGAAAAAGUAUGUCGCUGAAGUGCAGUUUUAUGUCCUGGCUGGAAUCAAACCUGACGUUUUGAUCAUGAAAUGCACAUAAAGUAAUUGUUUCUCAGACAAGCUGGCUUUAUUUCUGAAAUCCUGCAAUAUAAAAGUGCACAUCAGCCACUUUUUAAGAGACGUUCAUUUAAUAUGUUUCAUUAAAAUGAAAUACUCUAUAUACUCUGUCAAGGAAUGGACUCAUACUGGCGUAUUGGGUAACAAUAACACAAACUGUCACUAGAGGGCAGUGUUGAGUCAUGAGCACCAUGCAGUACACUCCACAUGAAACAAUGAAGGAAAAAAAGCACAAAAGGAAUAUUUAUUAUUAUUAUUAUUAUAGACUAAAAGUACAUAGAUUGUCACCAUCUUUACAGUACAAAAAGAAUAAUUCAAGUGCAAAUUCAAUUAUACUACACUGUAAAUAUGUCAUUGUAAUUCACAGCAAAAAACUGGCUAAUAAUUACUUUCACAGUAACAGUUACAGUAAGUUACUGUUAAAUAUCUUAACAGCAAUUUACUCUAACUGCAAAAUUUGGAUUUUACAGUUCUACAGAAGGAUUUGAAGAAAUGUUCAUCAUUAUUUACACCAUAUUUUGCACACUUUAACUGAAAAGUUACAACAGAGCCCUGCUAUGUCACAGUUCAUCACAAUAAAAUUACAACUCUA